AGCAUCAUCAGCAGCAGAUCCUCAGCUUCAUCCUCAUCUUCAUCAUCCCUGAAGAGCUCCACGUUGAAGAGGAAGAGGAGUGCGCGCACCCAGCGGCCAGAACCCCCCGCCCUCUCCACCUCUCAGACGCGCGCACUACUCCACUCCAAUCGUCGGAGGGGCUGAAGAUGGAGAAAUGGCUGUGGCGAGAAAUGACGCCAAAUCUUUUAUGACGCCCGGAGCGGUCUAAAGAAUACAAGGUUUAAGUUUGGAUACUUGAAGAGAGAUGGAUGUGUCGUCACCCUCUUCGCAGUACGGCUCCAAAAAGCGGGUCAAGAUUCACCCAAAUGCGGUGACAGUGAAGUACGCCACCCACUUUCCUCAGCCGGGUGACGAGGGCUAUGAUGACGCCCCCUCCUUUGAAGACUUUGGUGCGUUUGCUGAAUCCAACACGGGGAAGAGGCUGGUGUCUGACAGCAAAGGUGGGAGGACUUUGUUUGGAACUAUGGAGACCCAGGCCAAGCCACCCAGCGCCCCGCGGGACAAAGGGGUCGGCGGCCAGUUGGCCAGCUUUGGCGAGGCCAACGUGCUUGCCUCCAGGGUUACCUGGACAGCCCUUUUCGGGGCGGCGGUCGCUCACGGUUGCGUGGCAUUGAUCACCCGUCUUGCAGCGGACCGCUCAAAGGUCCCCUCCUUGGAGCUGCUCUUUAUCCGUUCGGUGAUCCAGGUGCUCUCCAUCCUAGUAGUCUUUUACAAUCAUGAGGCGCCCUUCGGACCCAAAGGCUACCGGUUGCGUCUUUUCUUCUAUGGGGUUUGCAAUGUCAUCUCCAUCACGUGCGCCUACACCUCCUUCGCCAUUGUGCCGCCUAGCAAUGGUACCAUUAUGUGGCGAGCCUCCACAACCGUCUUCAGCGCCGUGCUGGCAUUCCUGUUGCUGGACGAGCGACUGGCGUACACGGACAUGGUCACGGUGGUAGGCAGUGUGUUCGGCCUGUGCCUGGUCAUGGUUCCUAACGUGGCGGACGAGGAAAAGUCCAGACUGGGCUUUUGGAAAGAGGCGUUUGGCUACACAAUGACUGUGAUGGCUGGGCUGACGGCUGCCCUUUCCAUGAUCGUCUACAGAGCUAUCAAGGAGCGUGUGAGCAUGUGGACAGCACUCUUCACCUUUGGCUGGACUGGCACAGUCUGGGGCGCGUCCACCAUGUUCAUCAUGCAGGAGCCGAUCAUUCCCCUGGAUGGUGAGACUUGGGGCUAUCUGAUUGGGAUCUGCAUCUGCUCCACCGUGGCGUUUCUGGGCGUCUACUACGCCCUUAACAAGUUCCACCCGGCCUUAGUUAGCACCGUGCAGCACCUGGAGAUCGUAGUGGCAAUGUUCCUACAGCUCAUUGUGCUGAGAAUGAUACCUUCGGUGUACGACGUGGUCGGCGGCCUGGUCAUCAUGAUCAGCGUUUUCACACUCACCGGGCUCAAGCUGUACCGGGUGAGCAGAGCCGUCAGGCAGGAUUACCAGGAGAUCCUUGACUCGCCCAUUAAAUGAGUUAUUUGUCUCAGUCCUAGUCGUCGUUGUUUACAGCAGUGGUUCUCAAACUGGGGUCUUUGGAUCCCUGGAAAAAUCUGCAAACAGGUCAUGAAUAUUUAUUUAGGUUGUAAUGGUCAAAUUACAUCAUUUCCAUAGUAUUUUGGUGUUUAUGUUCAGUUAGCGAUGGGUGAAAUGAACAUUUUUUACCUCUGGAAGGGGUCCCUCGACCCACAGAGUUUGAGAACCCCUGGUUUACAGUGUUUGCUUGGUUGUGCAAUUCAAAGAAUGUCUGUGCCGUCAUCUGAUGAUUUACUUUGUAUCGUCGUGCCAGUCUUAAGAGGCGUGCCAGUCGUGUAACUAAUGUCUUAAUAAUUGUACGUGAAAUGAAAAGUGUGACACGGUGAUCUUUCUCCCCUUUCUGAUGCUUUCAAAUUGUCAAAUGUUCGUCAAAGAGGAAAAAAAGUUAAUGAACAUUGUGGGUGACUAUUGAAGGAGUCGUAUUAUGCCCACAAUUUAAAACGGUUCUAAGUGUCUUAACAUUUCUGUGACAUGCCAUAUUUUAAUACAUUUCGGGUAAGAGGUUCUCAACAUUUUCCUGCAAUUGACAUUGGUCGACACACUGCUGUUUGCGUUCAAACUCAUUCAAUACUAGUUCCCCGAGGCUACUAUAAAAUUAGCCUUUCCUGUGACAAUAACAUGUUGCCAUCUGCUAUUACCAAGGGUUGUGAGUCAUGUUACCUAUUGCGGAGUCAGGUGGUUUGUACUACUUCCCAGAGUUAAUGUGAUCAAGUGAAUUGCAGACGGUCCUAGGUUUGCAAUGGUCUUGACAUUAGACAUUUUUAUGUUAUGAGCUAUUUUAUGCAGCAGUGGAAGAAUACAUGAUAAGACUUUUGACUUGUUCUGAAGACAGAAAGCCAAAGGUUUUUUUAUUCAUUUAUUAAUUUUUUUUAGACUACCUACAGUCGGCACACCACUUCUCAAAUGCCAGGUUUGUAAGAUAAAACAAGAUUAGACUGUGAUAAAUCACGACUGCAACUUAUUGUGUCUCUUAUUGAGCAAUGUUGUGUUUGCAACAUACCUUUUGGAAUUAUGACAAAAAUGUUCGGGCUUUCAUCACACUGCAAUAAAAUUUCAAAAUUCUAUGUGGGGAAAUGUUUCUUAAAUAGCAAGAAUCAGUCAUCUUCAAAAGUGGGUGUUUUUAAUUAUUUAUUUAUUUUUACCAACCACGCCGUCAGAGGGCGCUAAAGACUUUUUAAAUUUUUUAAAAUUUUUUAAUUUUUUUUAUAAUUAAUAAACUAGUUUGGGACUUCUGGUGCAGGAACUUUAUUGUUUAAUAGUUUUGAAGCCAAUACUCCCCCGCCCCCAUUAUUUAGAUAUUACAACUAUGCAGCUGAAUGCAUUUAUGUCACACUGCAUUUUUAUUUGAACUGCUGCAGCAGUCAUAGCACAGAUGAUGAAUGUUUGCAUUUUUACACAGGCGCACACAUACAACAUAUAGCAUUUACUGUUUGUUAGAAAAUAAUCGGGCUUUAAAUAUUUACAGUCACGAUGUAAAGUCUCUCUCAAGGCACAACUUCAUUUUAAUUUGAAAUAAACACUGUCACAUUGCAUGUUCGCUAUCUUCAGUGUUGAUCACCCCAUAUCGAAAGGUGAAUAAACUUGAGAAAAAGAACAAAUUUA